AUGGUUCUAUUACGCGAGCACGUAAUUUUGCGCACAUUCGUGCACAUCUUUGCCCGCAUUUCUGCACGCACAAGCACGCGCCCAGAUACCACCAUGCACGCAACUCCUAGCUACAGCAUGUUUGCUCAUAAUCCUGAGGGCAGGGCUGCAUGCGUGUACCCGUACUGGCCUCUAGGUGAAGUGGGCUUUUUGAGCGAAGAGCGAAGAAUCAACGUAGCCAUAACCCGUGCCCGUCGCCAUGUUUCUGUCAUUUGUGAUUCCCAUACAGUCAGCAACAACAAAUUUCUCAAAGACCUGGUGACUUACUUCAAUGAACACGGUGAGGUCCGAACUGCUUUUGAAUACCUCGAUGACAUCGUCCCUGAGAAAUAUUCCCAGGAGAACGAAAGUUCCAAACCAGAAACCAGUGUUAAGAAAGACAUCAGAGCAAAGCCAAAAAAAUCAGGAAAUUCAAACUUGAGCAGUCAUAGGCCCAACACUACAACAGAGUCUCAGGCCAAAGAGAAGAACAGAACAAAGCAAGCUGACUCUGUUAAGAACUUUCAGCAUUCUAAGAACUUAGAUGACCAAACAGAAAGUUCAGCCAAGGACAAACUGCAGGAAGAGAUUGAAGACUUUAUAGCAAAUAAUGAUAAAACCCAGUUAACGUUCCCUUCAACACUCACAUCGCAUGAGCGAUUACUGGUUCACCAGAUAGCAGAGAAAUGUGGACUGCAACAUGUAAGCACAGGAGACGGCGGAAACAGAUGUAUUACGCUUUCCAAGCACAAAGUCAUUUCAGCCGAAGCCGUAUCGCAGACACUAGAUGAUUUUGUUGCUCAGAAACCUUUACAGUCACAGACAUCAGAAAAAGAAGCAGAGGAAAAAGAAAUCUGCCGCAAAGCGCCUCCCAGUAACCUUGAUUUGAAACGCUUGCACAUGGAACGAAUGCACAGGGAGAAAGAUAAGCUUGAAGAAAAAGCGAAGAUAAAGAAGGAAGCCACAGUGCCAAAAGUUGCUGAAAAGAAGGCCAUGGAUACAAAACGUAAAAGUGGAAAUAAAUCCGAAGCAGAAAGAUCAGACAUGGACAGCUUCGAUUCCCUGCUAGCUGAGGCAGUGAAAGCAGACAAUACAUGUGGCUUUGGGAAAUGUAAAGCCAGUGUAGUAACAGUUGGGAAUUUCUGCAUACUCUGCAAUAAACGUUUCUGCCUCAGUCACCAUAUUCCAGAGGUCCAUGGGUGUGGUGAAAGAGUCAAGGCACGUGCCCGGGCAAGAAUCAGUCGGGAAGGAGUGAUCUAUGCAGGAAGCGGGCACAAAGACCACUCACUAGACCCUACGAAGAAAGCUCACUUGCAGAGAAAAAUAGAUAAAAAAAUUAAUGAAUUAUCAAAUCAGAGAAAAGUUAAGAAGGAAAAAUAAAUGAUUUUUGUUUUA